AUGAUUGUCUCUUGUGCGUCCAUCGCUCUGUUGGGCAUGACCCUGGUUCCGUCAUUGGCUCUCUGCCCGUAUGCCGCACAAAUGGGCCUUGACAAGAGAGGCACAUCCCCGCCGCAUCCUCAUUCGGCUCUCGAUAUUCCCUCCUCGGACAACAAGAAGGGUGUCUUCUACAUGAACCGCAUUGCUCCAGGGUCAUCGGAAUUGUACAUCGCUAAUGUCGACGGCACUGAUGAGCGACCACUCCUCUCCAACCCCGUUUUCGACUACCAUGCAGAGUUCUCCCCAGACGGAGAAUGGAUCACAUUCACAAGCGAACGCAACGGCGACGGCAAUUCCGAUAUCUACCGCGUGCGAACGAACGGCUCCGAUUUAGAGGAACUUGUGGCGACCUCGUCAGUUGAAGACUCCGUUGUUAUGUCCCCCAAUGGUAGAUACGUUGCCUAUGUCUCCACGGCAAAUGGAUACAAGGCCAAUAUCUGGGUUAUGGAGCUUGAAAGUGGCAAGAAAUGGAAUCUUACGGACACUGCCUCGACUGCGGCGAAUGCAUCCUUGCCGAAUGGUUAUUUCCGUCCUGCUUGGUCACCAGACGGCCAGUGGGUUGCUUUCUCUUCAGAUCGGAAUACGGGAUGGUACGGACAUGGUGAUCCCGUCUUCCUGGGAGUCAGCGGCUGGGAACACACCCAAGAGCUAUCUAUCUACGCUAUUCGGCCCAAUGGCUCUGACUUCCGGCAGGUUGCUACACGAAAAGGCUGGUCCCAGGGUUCGCCCAAGUGGUCUCCCGAUGGUAAGAGAAUUGUGUUCUAUGAGAUGACCCGUGAGAAUACCUGGAACUCCCACCGUCCCGAAUCCAUAGACUCGGCCAACUCGACAAUCAUCUCGGUUGACUUUAAGACUGGCGCUCGUCGGAUUGAAGUGCAAGGAACUGGCGUCAAGAUCUUUCCUCAAUACCUUCCCGAUAACAAAAUCGCCUACUUUGCCAAGGGUAAUGACAAGGAGGGUCUCCAUACGACCAGCGGAAGCUUUGUGAAUACAUCCAGCGUCACAGUUCGCUCGCCUGCCUGGUCUCCUGAUGGCAAGAAAGUGGUAUAUGAGAAGACUGGUUGGGAUGUCCGCCCCAUGGAUAAGAAGCUGUACAGCUGGGACUCAGAAUGGGAAUACCGAUUCACGGACGUGUUCCCUCAACUGUCAAACCAGAACAUGUUCGCCAUGACUGAAAAACAGCUCGGAAACUCCUCUAUCGUUUCCUAUAACGCCAAUGGAACGAAUGAGCACCUCGUUUUCAACGACAUGACCACUGAUUUCCUCGAAACGACCUUGGUUUCCCAAGGACUUGCUGGAGCCUUCCAGCCCUCCUGGUCACCAGAUGGCAACUGGCUCACUUUUGGUGUCGGCUUCUGGUUCCAGACUCGUGCCUCGAGCGGUGGCUGGCUAGUGCGUGCUACUGCGAAUGGUUCGUACUAUGAAAUCUUGACGGAGAGUGAGACUACUCUCAGCGCCAACAGCAGCAUUAUCAACUCGGGCUUCCCCAGCUUUUCGCAUGACGGCAAGAAGAUUGUCUUCCGGGUGUGGGGGUACAACUCCACUCAGGGCGAGAAGUCCCAGCUCGGCCUGCGCAUGUUGGAUUUGGAAACACGGAAGAUCUCCGUCUUGACCACCGAGUGGGACAAUCUGCCGUUCUUCUCACCUGAUGGCGAGCGCAUUGUGUUCACCCGCAAGGUCAGCGCGACCAACUACGACGUUUGCACGAUGCGCCCCGACGGUACCGACAGCAAGGUUCUGACGAGUAGCGGCGCGAACGAUGCCCAUGCUGUGUGGACGCAUGAUGGGCGCAUCAUGUAUUCGACGGGGAUGUUUGGGUUCCAAUACGAGUGCGCGUUGUACGAUCAAACCUUCCAGCCCUAUGGUCAAGUGAUGGUUAUGGAUGCGGAUGGCUCCAACAAACGCGUGUUGACCGACUCGAUCUGGGAGGACUCCAUGCCACUUUACGUGCCAAAUGUCGCGCUACACAAUAGCCAUAAGCUGGCUCGCCGCAGUUCGCACUAA